AUGGCUGUAUCCAGCAUGGGCAGUCCAACAAGCCCAAAAGCACGCCAAGCUGCUAGCGUAUUCGCUGGAAACAUACAGAACGAAUUUGAGAAGCUCCGUCAAGAUAUCGAUCGAAAGCAUGUCCGGGUAGAGAAGAUGAUCAGAGCCUCAGCCCAGCAGGUGGCGGCUGCUACCACUGCAGCUCUUCAGCACCAGUUGAUGAAUAUGCAAAAGCAGAUGCUAGCGUCAAUCCGAGAUCCAGGCAUCAUCCAGCCAUUUCAGGAUGCAGAGAUGAGUCGUGCAGCACUACGAGAGAACGCGAUUGGGGAAUUCCCAGAGCAUGUUCUAAACCGCUCAUCAGUGCUUUCGGGAGGUUCGCUUGAUUUUGACGAACUUCUUGGGGAAGAUCCUUAUGGUGACCUCUACACAUCAGCGAUGCCAACUGAUGACGAAGACUUGGCACGACAACAGUAUGAAGCUGCUGGCGGCCGCCGCAGGAAAGGCAAAAAGGACAAGGUGAAAUCAGCAUGGGAAGAGCCGAAGGCUGAAGAUCCAGCGGAGAGCAAAAGUACAAACCAGAAGAUCCGCAAUACUGGCGAUGGGGUUAUGACUUUGAGAGAAGGUGAUGAAGAGCUGUUGAAGAAGAAAGCGCAAUUGGUCGCAAGGCGUGUUGUCAAUGAAGAAGAAAUGCCUCCAGGGCGUGUCUUUGCGAGGAAAAUUGUCUUCAAUCAGCGUUUUGAAUGGGUGGCGGCCGCAAUUAUGGUCGGGAACUCCUUGCUGGUUGGAAUAGAAGCAGAAUACACGCUGAACAACCUAAACGGAGAACCAUACUGGCUGAUUCGGAUCUUUGACAUUGUCUUCAAUGUUUGCUUUGCCAUAGAGCUUGGCCUCCGGCUGGCUGCAGAUCAAAAAUUCUUUAUUUCGCUCUACAACCCUGCAUUGCACUGGAACAUUUUAGACAUUAUAUUGGUAUUGUCAACCUUUGUAGAAGAGAUCAUCAAUAUAGUUGAGGCGAAUAGACCAGAGAUUGAUGUGUCAGUCCUGCGGAUGCUGAGAAUGGUGCGCUUGUUGCGUGUGGCUCGUAUCGUGCGAGUCGUCCGAUUCUUCAACGAUCUUCGGGUCAUGGUCACUGGAAUCAAAGCAUCCGGCAGAGUGCUUCUUUGGGCGAUCGCCUUACUACUUCUGGUCACCUAUGUAUUUGGGGUGACUUUCAUGCAACUGUCGGCAGCACACUUGACGGGCAACACUGCUGGAGACAGCCAAUUAAUAACAUACUAUGGAACGCUGUCUCGAACUAUUUUGACACUCUUCAUGACUAUCUCAGGUGGAAUGUUAUGGAAUGAAGCGCUGAAACCUCUCAGUGAAAUUUCCUGGAUAGUUGACAUUCUCUUUUUAAUGUACAUUUUCUCAACAGUAUUUUGCUGCCUGAACAUAAUGACUGGGAUCUUUGUGGAUAAUGCGCAGGCCAGCAAGAAGACGGAUGAGACCGUUGUACGCCAAGAGUGGGAGAAAGAGAGGCGACAAUGGAUCGCUGAUGCAGCUGAGUUAUUCUACAAGGUGGACACAGACAAUUCAGGAGAUGUGACUAAGACAAAGCUGGCCUCCAUACUUUACUCAGACAGAGUUCAAACUCUGUUGCGAAAGUUGGGGAUUGCAGCGGAUGGUUACACUCCUUCUGAACUCUGGGAGUCUUGA